AUGGCUUCAACCAUUCCUCUCCUCGACAACCAAUGCUCGUUCUGCUACAAGUCAACGUCCGCUUAUAUCAGCUGUCUACGGUGUAACAUCGUCCAAUACUGCUCGCCCGACCAUCAAGCUCAACACGCCCCAGUCCACAGUUCACGUUGCAGCACCGUGACCAUCCUCACAGACGAAGUAGCCGAGCACCGCUUCGAUCUCGAAAACGAUCCCGAGUUCGGCAACCUCUUCGACUCCGGCAUUGCUCUUUGGUCCAUCUCCGAAACAUUCGCCUGGUCACACACGACGAAACUUCUCCUCAAAGCUCUGCGACGCAUCCCGACUCGCCUCGCCAUCGAGCGCGCUCUGGACAUUGCCUGGCAUCGGAUGGAAGCCAUGGCCGCAGUAGAUCAUUCCGGAGUGAAAUUCAUGAUCCCGGCAUUCCUACUUCGAUUGGGUCGGGAUCAAGAGGCAUAUGACUUCUUGAAGUGGUUCGCAACUAAAGGCAGACCGCCGCUGUUUGGGGCCGAAUGGGAUUUCGACAUGGAAGGCGAGGACGCGGGUGAAGACCUACAGGAUGGUGGGUGGGAUUUGCAAGAAGUGAGGGAAUGGGAUGAUGAGCUGAAGUACGGCGAUCAGGAGUUGCUGAGUCCUUUGGUAGCGGUCUGUCUGGUCAAACUGCGACUUUGGCAGAACCUGAGAGAAUUGCGAGGUGCAGAAGAGGUCUUGACAGGCAGGCUUCCACGAGAGAUCUUGGACCGCGUGAGAGAAGAGUACAUGGCCAGAGAUGUUGUCGCGAGCAAGGCAGAUUGA